CAUACAUAUAUAGAUACACGCGAAUCGUAUACAGUAAAGACCUAAGACGAGGUCGAUGUCGAUUUGUGUGAUCAGUUUGGGUAGUGAGUUCGAGUCUAGUCAGAACACAAUAAUAAUUUAAAUAACUGUAUGAAUUUUAUUUGUCAAACCAUACGUGGCGUGAGUUGGCCCUAAAAGGCGACAUCAUCGUCGCCAUAAACUGGCGAAAAAACCAUUUACUUGACCAACAUUUUUAAAACUACACAUUUCAUAUAAUAUAUCUGUGACCGCCAUUAUAAAUCCAAACGAUUUUAAAGAAAAGAACAAGAGCUUAAAUAUUGAAUUAAUAAUUUAAAAAAAAAAAAAUAAAAACAAAAGAUAUACACAAAAUUAAUCACUGAAUAUAUAUUUAAACAAGUCAGCUUGGGACUAAUUGGAAAUCUCUCCAUCAUUGACAUCUACAAAAGUAUACAAAAUAAAAAUUAAAAUAAUAAAUUUAAAAAAUAAUUAUCUUUAAUUAUUUAGACUCAUUGCUGCUGCGCAUUGAGCUCUCAUUUAAUUUAUCUUUUUUUUCAUCACCACACCAAUAAACUCCAUCAGUUGCAAAGUAAAGUGUUGAGGCCUCUGAUAUGUGACAAAUAUUACGGGGUACUGAGUGUACUUACGCGUGUACCCCCCAUACCAGAGCAGAACGACGAAAAUUACUUACAUACUUAAUAUAUUAAAUAUGUGCGCAAAUAUCAUCACACCGGUUGGUAAUUAAUCAAGUGUUGAGUGAAUUUAAUUUAAAAUAAUUUAUAAAAAUAUAAAUAAGUGACAAGAAGGCCCAGUAGGGCCGACAAUAAAGUACUUACAAUAAAUAUAGUUAAGUUUUAUAUAUUGUGUUCUGAGAAAUGGAGUGUCCGCAUCUUACACAGAGUGUAAGACUUGGGAGUAAUGAUAUUGAAUGGAAUUAUACUAAAAAUUUACCUUUCGUUUGUGCAGUAUGUGGAACGGAGAAAAGUACAUGGCUGUGCUUACAUUGCGGGAACGUGCAUUGUGGGCGUUAUAUGUCUGGUCAUGCACUGCAGCAUCAUGAGAAAAAUACUCAUCACUGUGUAUGCAUUGACUGUGAAAAUCUAUCUGUAUAUUGUUAUUCAUGUGACGAAUAUGUUGUUAAUGAUACGUCAACUGGUCAAAUAGAAAAAAUACGUCAAAAUACAUUUCGUAAAGGUGAACAAAAAGAGAACGAUGAGAAUUGGAGUUCAUCGUCCUCAUCAGGAUUAGACAAUGGCAAUGGCGAUACUGAUUCAGAUGCGAUAUGGAAGACUGAGGUGGUUGUACGAAAUUUACGACCGCGCACACGUAAGAGACUUCACUCGUUUGAUGAAACGAGCGGCGAUAAUCGGCCAGUUCCUAAACGACGGAGUUCUAAGGCUACCAAAGAAAAAAAAGUCGUUGGAUUAAGAAAUCUCGGCAAUACAUGUUUUAUGAAUGCUGUACUUCAAUCAUUUAAUAAUAUCAGCCAUUUUUGCGAGUACCUUACGCAAAUGCCAAGUCUUGAGGGCAUUGCCUUUGAUGAACCGCCAACUCACAGAGGACGGAUUGUUGCUCCCGGUCGAGCUAAAGAACUGAGCGAUGCGUUACUUGCUGAAGAGCUUAGAAAGGUUUUACUAGGCUUGAGUUUAGGCAGUUCAAAUGGUCAAGCAAUAUCACCAGAGUGUCUCUUUCUAGUAAUUUGGAAAGUGGUCCCACGUUUUCGAGGAUAUCAACAACAGGAUGCUCAUGAAUUUCUCACUUACAUGCUAGAUAGAUUGCAUACAGAGUUAUUGCAACUCUUACCAAGACUCGGUCACGAACCACUUGGACUUCGUGGCAAACAGAGUAUUGUUACUGCAGUAUUUGGUGGUGCUUUACUCAGUGUGGUACACUGCAUGAACUGCCGAACAGAUUCAAAAACCCACGAACCUUUUCAAGAUCUUUCUUUGGAUAUUCCCGACAAAUUUCAAAGAAGAACAGCGACAAAGGAACAAGAAGAAGUUUGCAGUCUGACAUUCAGUCUCUCUCGUUUCUUCAAAGUCGAAGAACUUGCUGACAGUGAACUCUACUACUGCAAUAACUGUAUGGGAAAGCAACGUUCAACCAAGAGGUUCUGGAUUCACAGGCUGCCUAACGUGUUGUGCCUUCACAUAAAAAGAUUUAGGUGGUGCAAUUCCUACCGCUCCAAGGUGGAUACGCAGGUUGAUUUUCCAAUGGAAUCACUUGAUAUGUCACCGUUUACUGUAUGCGGAUCUGCUGGUGUAAAACUCGGCGCACAAAAUAGUCAUCUGUAUGAUCUUGCUGCUGUUAUUGUUCAUCAUGGAUCAGGUGCUGGCACUGGACAUUACACUGCCUUUGCUGUUCACGAUGGCCAGUGGUUUCAUUUCAACGACAGUAGUGUACGACCAGCGAGCUCCGAAUCUGUUGCCAAGUGCAAGCCUUAUAUUCUUUUUUACGUACGCCGAGAAUUUUCAAUUCCACCGCCAUUGUGACAUCGUCGUGUAAUUGCUAAAAUUCCCACUAAUGGUGAUAAUAAUAAUCAAGACAUAGACGAUGAAAAUUCAACUACUGCUACUGCUGCUGUUACUGUCGCCGAUGCCGUUGUCGCUGCUGCUGCUGCUGCUGCUGACGAGUAUGAAAAUGAAAUCGUUUGAAACCAUAUAGAAAGUGAGAUUAAUGAGGAUGACAAUUAAUAAGCGAUUCAACCGUAACAAAAGUCUGCGUACUUUAAAUAGAUUAGAUAGAGAAACGUUGCAUCCGCUUAUUUAAAUGCCUCACUAAAAUACCGCCAAUUUAAAUACAUGGGAAACAAGAACAAAAACUUAGUAAAAUUACAUACGUUAUUUUUUUUUUUUUUUUUUUUUCACGCCUCAUUCUUAUUCACUUCUGUGAAUUCUCUGCCCAAUUCUAUUCUCGGGUUUUCCACAACACGUCCUUUCUUUAAAAAUAAAAUAUAAACCUUCUAAACUCCGUCCUAAUUGUGGACGAUUAAUAUGAAAAAAAAAAAAAGUUAAUCAUUUUAUUAUUUUAUAUGUUUAAUUAUUCGCUUUAGUGUUAAGCGUAAUUCGAUUUAUGUGCAUAGAAAAUUAUUAUUUUAUUAUUUAGUAAAAUCUAUGCACGCUUAUUGCCAAAUUCGUUUCUCAGAUUAAAAAAAAAAAUGAAUAAUAAUAUAAUAGGAUUUUGAAUUAAUAAUAAAAAUAAAUAUGAAAAAUAUAAAUUAAAUAAAUGAUGACGAGCAUACAUGGAUAUUAAGUAUUGAUGAUCUGCGAAUUAAGUUUUAAUUGACUAAAUACACAAAGAAAUUCUAUAUUUUUCUAGAUACCUGAUGAUUAUGUAAUAAAUGAAUGAAAAAAUAAAUAAAAAGUUGCCAAUCGUUUAUACAAUUUAAAUAAAAAUUAAUUAAAGAACGGUAUUUAAUUGUGAUAUAGAGAAACGAAGGCAUUAAUAUUUGAAUUUAUAGUCAUAACAAAUAUGUAAUACACAUAUAUAGGUUUAUUAUGUAUGUAUACAUUAAUAGAUAUCAAUGUAUAUUUAUAAUUCGUAAUGCGAGUACGUAAAAUAUUUAAUAUCGAGAUUAAAGGUAUCAGUUUAUUGAUUAUUAUGUUCGACAUUAUAAUUAUCUAUUUUAUUUUUACAUACAGUAAUACUAUUAUAUAAAUAUAUAUCACAAUCAUCAAAUAAUUUUCCGUUAUAUAAAAAAAUAAUAAAUAAUAUUAUCUCGUUUAAAUUUGCCGCCAUUUUAAUUAAAUUUGAAAUUUUUUAAUAUUUCAACUAUUAUUGUUGUAAAAAUUAUGAAUGACAAAUAUUUUAAGACUUGAUUUAUUUUUACGAUGAAAAUUAUGGGAUAAAAUAGAUAAUUUGAAUUGAUGACGUUUAAGCGCAUUCUCACUUGAGUAAAAAAAUUUCGUCCCAAAAAGAU